CUGGCGGCGGUACUGGCGGCGGUACUGGCGGCGGUACUGGCGGCGGUACUGGCGGCAGCGCUGGUCCGCGCAGCUCCUCUCGACGAGACAACGAUUACCCUCGAGACGGCAUUCGAAAGGUUGCACCUCCUCCCUCAUGAAAUCCCGGCAACCUCACGUCCUCUUUGGUCGCCAAUCCAACAUCCAAACAACUUUUGGACGGGGGCGACCAAAGGGGACUGCAGUUGCAUGAACGACGUCCUCGCGCUAACCGUGUCGCUUCGGGCGAUACAGUCCUACAGAGACGAGCCUCGAGAUCUUGACAGCGAAUGGGUCCACGACCGUUAUGAAGACGACUCCCGUCCUCGCCGAUCUGCCCCUCGACGCCGUAGAGAGUCCCCCCCCGAGCAAAACGAUCCCACGUCUUCGAAACUGAAAGUCGAGAAUCUCCACUAUGAUUUGACGCAGAAAGAGUUGGAGGACCUCUUCAGCCGAGUGGGGCCGAUCGUGAGAUUUGUGCUCGUAUACGACCGUGCCGGACGAUCAGAGGGCAUCGCAUAUGUCACCUACGAGUACCCCGAGCACGCCCGAAAGGCCGUUCGGGAAUUCGAUGGCGCCAACGCCAAUGGCCAACCCAUCCGAUUGACCUUGAUACCCGACGGCCGCCGCAGUCGCGCGUCACGAAACCCAUUCGACACCGCAGUCAUGCCGAGCCGCCCGCUCUCGGAACGCAUCACCUUUCCCGACGACAGGUCUCGGUCCUUGUCCCCCACUCGAAAUCAGGAUGUCGAGGAGGCGGCGAGCAGAGGAAUCGACCGCUACGUCCCCGGCCCGCGUUCUUCGCGCAGCCCCCUGCCGUCGAGGCGGCGAGGAGGAGGAGGCGGCGGUGGUGGACGCCGACCAGGAGCCAGGAGAGAGGCGGCGCCGGCAGGCCGAGGGAACAGCCGAAGCGGCCAACGGCCGAGGAAGACGCAGGAAGAACUGGAUGCGGAAAUGGCGGAUUACUUCAACGGCGGCGGCGACAACGGGGCCCCGGCUCCUGCUCAGACCGGAGCGGUCAGCAGUGACCAGACGGCGACGGACGAUAUCGAUAUGAUCGAGUAGGAAGUAUGAACAAGUUCUACGGCGCCAUGGUCCAGCUUUGGGAGCACCCAGCACCGCUUAAUUGCUGAUUCGACAACCACAGCUAGCAAAAGUGGACAAAAGAGUGUAAACAUCAAUAAAUUGGUCCUUCACAACAGGAACACGCAUUACAACGAUGUCGAUUUUUUAUGCCGAAGCUGGCUCCGAGACUUUCUGCAAGGGUCAUGUCUUCUGCUGCAGCACGGAUAGGUUCAAU